AUAUCUCACAUGCCCCGCAGCCCCAGCCUAAGUCACAUGGACAGUAGUAUGGGUACGAUAAACUGGGUAUCAGUAUCGCAGUUUUUGAAAAUGUGGGUAUAUAUAUAUGCACAGGAAGUCUGCAAAUAUUUCCACAUAUACAAAUCCUUCCAAAAGAAAUUGUUUAAAAAAAAAUGAUUUAAUGUGUUUUGGGUUGAGUUUGAUCCAGACUCCAUCCGAAAGGUGUCCUAACGUAUCCGAGUGCUAAUUCUGGAGUCUUGACAUGGGUAACUUAGCAUGUAGCUCUUCCUAUUACCUAGGGCGAAAGGAGUCUAGUGCGAAGCUAAAGUUGGGGUAGAAGGAAGAGGAGGCGGUGGUUAAUAGAGGUCGAAGGAGGAAGGACGCUGUUGGAAGAAGAUCAAACUACAGUGGUGGAAGAAGAUCAAACUAAAGCAAGAUUUUUGAAUUUUUAUUAUACAUUUGAAGCUUAAAUUGUGAAAAACAAAUCUUGCUUUAUACGUGAUGUAAAAUACCUUGAAUUUAUGAAAAAGCACUAAAAAUUCUUUUAAAAUUUUAAACUAGAAAAUAUUUAGACCAUGUGCACUUUUUCCCUUCUGCAAAAAUCCCAACGGGAAGACGAAACUUCGAGGUUCUUUCGGGCUUCUCUUUUUAGAAUGGCAGUUUUUAAUAUAGAGGGACGCCUAACCUUUUUCGAAGGGGAGGUCUUUCUCCGCCCUGGUUUUGUUUUCACCUAAAGUCUCCUAUCUGUCUAUUUGGAUGAAGGGAGAGUAGAAAAAGAAAGGCAAUCGUAAGUGCAAGAGAGCACCCAACCUGGUGCAAUUAUGGGACCGCUAGUUAUCAUAGUGGUGACUGCGCUGGCUGGUCCAGAGAUGCUAAACUCCCUGCUCCGGUUCAUCGAGGCAAUCCAUUCAGUCGUCCCCAACGUGGUGAUCGAUCGACUAGUUCUGAGGGAUGAGGCUGGGAACUUUGUGUUCCUUGUGGUCAAGGUUACAGUCCCAGAGUCAACGAUCGAGAGAAUGUUACGCUUGGCAAUCUUUGCCGGAAGCCGCACGGGCACCUUGUUGGAUUGGGAGGAAAUUAUUAGGUCCCUGAUCGAUACUUUUCUGGACAUCCUCGCCGGUCCGCCCAGAAACCGAGCUUAUCAUCUGCAUCUAGGGGGCGCGACGCCCGAGACCGGUGAUUCGAGCUCUGCCGCCCGGAGGGAGAGGGAGCAGCAGCAAAUGUAUUUCGACAUGGGAUGGGCUGUAGCCAACUUGGGUUGCUGCAUGCAACUGGGAGGGCUCAGCCGCGCUGAUUUUGCACUAGCUCAACGUACAACAACUUCCUGUUAUAUUUCUGUGGCAGCUGCCGCACUGUUCCUCUCGCUUUGCGUCCUUGUAAGCCCCAAAGCCUGGCUUCCUUCCAUCCGCAAGUUCAUGUUAUUGGUGGCCCUCUUAUUACUCUUUCUAGAGUACUGGAUCAUCAAGCCCCACCUGUCCUCCAUAUGACGGAAAGACUUGCUCAAUGGAGCAAGGUCGCACAACUUCUGGUGGCAUGAGGAAGAAGAUGAUUGCACUCUGCCUAUGUAAAGCCGAUCUGGGUUGAUGUUUGUUAUCAAGGCCAUUUUAUUGUUUCGCAGUUGAGUCGUCCUUGCGCUUUUGAGUAUGUCAGUUGUGGCAUGACCUAUUUCCCUUGCCACGAUAAAUGUUCUCCAAACUUGUCCUUUUAAGGUUCGGUUAAAUGGAGAAAGUCAGUGGUUGAUCAACUACUAGAGCAUGAAUUGAGAUUGAGAUUGAGAUCUUGUUGUUGUUGGUUAUAAUCUUGUCGUUAAAUAAAUCUGUUGUGUGAAAAUAAAUAUGAUGCAUGAGAUAUUGGCUUCAUGGUGCCCAUAGUAAAUUCAUAUGUGAAACUCAAAUAUAGUUACAAGCAAGCCAAUGGAUAAUGACUAUUGCUUCAUGCUUAUGUGCA